UAAACAAAUUGUGAGCGUACGAUACGAAAUGGAUCAAAUCAAAAUCUCGAAGGUGGAGAAUGUAAGGAUUUUCGAUAAGUAUAGUAACAAUCACUCUAUUGGUACUCUUUAUUUAACCGUAACACAUCUCAUAUUCACUGAACGAAGUGGGAACAAGAAAAUCUGGGUAUUAUAUACUCAUAUUUCAAACAUAGAAAAACAGCCAUUAACCACAGCAGGUUCUCCAUUGUGUAUCAAAUGUAAACACUUUUUUAUUGUAACAUUUGUUAUUCCAAAAGAACGUGAUUGCCAUGACAUAUAUCUUACCUUAUCAAAGCUAUCUUUCCCAGUAAGUUUAGAGGAUCUUUAUUGUUUUAAAUAUCAAGCAAAUAAGGACACUUUACCACAGCAUGCAGGAUGGAAUUUUUUUAAUGUACAAAGUGAAUUUCAAAGGCAGGGUGUCCCAAAUGAGGAAUGGUCUUUGUCUUAUUUAAAUAUAAGUUAUAAGCUUUGUGAUACUUAUCCUAAGUAUUUAUACGUACCAAGCACAUGUGCCUGUACCAUCUUGAAAGGUAGUGCAAAGUUUAGAAGUAGAGGCAGACUACCAGUUUUAACAUACUUACAUUCUAACAAGGCUGCUAUUUGCCGUUGUAGUCAACCGUUAUCAGGAUUCAGUGCACGAUGCCCCGAAGAUGAACAAAUGAUGUACAAUAUUUUAUGUACAAACUCGAACUCGAAAUAUAUGUACGUCGUAGAUACACGACCGCGCAUCAAUGCUUUUGCUAAUAGAGCUACAGGGAAAGGUUACGAAAAUGAAAACUUUUAUGAUAAUAUAAAAUUUCACUUUUUUGGUAUUGAAAAUAUUCACGUAAUGAGAACAAGUUUAAAUAAGCUAAUAGAAUUACAAAGAACACCGUCGAUGAGUGCAUUUUUAAGCGGCUUGGAAAGCUGUGGAUGGUUGAAACAUAUACGAUCUAUUCUAGAAGCUGCAUGGUUCAUUGCCAGAGCAGUUUCCAAUGGAGUUAGCGUAGUGGUGCACUGCAGUGAUGGUUGGGAUCGCACUGCUCAAGUAUGUUCAUUGAGUGCUUUAUUAUUGGAUCCAUAUUACAGAACAAUUCAAGGCUUUCAAGCAUUGAUAGAAAAAGACUGGUUAUCAUUUGGACAUAAGUUUAGUGACCGCUGUGGUCAUAUUAGUUGUGAUAGUAAAGAGUUAGCUCCAAUUUUUACUCAGUUUAUUGAUGCAACGUAUCAGCUGUUACAGCAAUAUCCCCAUAAAUUUCAGUUCAAUGAAUUUUUCUUGUUAACCCUUCAUGAUCAUGUACAUAAUUGUCAGUAUGGUACUUUUAUAGGAAACUCAGAGAAAGAGAGGCAUACGCUCAGAGUGACGGAAAGAACGUAUUCCCUAUGGGGGUACAUAGCAAACAACAUGCAUGAGUAUAUAAAUCCACUGUACAAAUGUAAUCGUUCUAACGAGGACGCUAGUUCCGUUCUUCAACCUAAACUAGCACCACAGAGUAUUACCUUAUGGCGUGGAAUGUACUUCAGAUUCGAAAAUGAUAUACAUCCGAGAGAAACAUAUGAGGACAUUCUUUUGGUAAUGCAUGAUCAUACCAGUUGUUUGGAGGAUCACGUUAAGCUUCUUGUAAAGAGGGUCAGUUCCGUCAAUUCAGUAUUGAACAUGAACAAUGUCCAAAAAAAUAAUGUACAAGGGAAAUUAAUACUCGAUAACAAAUUCACCAAGAAUCCAGAAACCAUAAUAGAGAACGCAGAAAAUCAUGAGGAGAAGGCAAAAUACAGCUUAAAAAUCAGUCAAUUAGAGAACGAAUUGGAAACGGUUGCCUUGGACUGGAAAUUAUCUAGAAAUAUGGAAGAUAUAUAUAUCUUUUUUUCUUUCUUUUUGCACCAUUGUUGGUCAUGUGGAGAUGUAUUAUGCACAACAUGUAUGGGUGAACAUACUGUUCUUGCUGGACACCAUUCGCAGCGUGCUGUGCCUACUUGUAUGUCAUGUACACAGAAUUCCAGUAUUCCUUCUACUAGUCCGUAAAUAGAUUUCUUCGAGUGUAUAUUUAAAUUCGCGAUCUGUACCUAAGAUGUAUAUUACGUACAAUGACUAGAUAAUGUUAUGGGUUAAGACACAAUUGAAAAUAAU